AUGCGUCCAUACAAUAUUGAGAGUAUUGCAAAAGGUGGAUUCUUCGUUGAAGUUGGUGCCGCCGAUGGAGAGAGCCUAAGUAACUCGAUCUUCUUCGAAAGGCAACUUGGGUGGAGGGGUCUGCUGAUCGAGGCAACUCCAGGUUAUUUUGAAGCUCUGAAGAACAAAAAGAGAAAUGCCUACAUCAUUCACGCUGCUCUUUCUGUGAACAAUUAUGCUUCAGAAGUCACCUUCCAGGCUAAUUUAGGAUAUGGCAGCAAGUUGGACAACACUGGUGUCAAGGUGAAGGGAAUUCCCCUUUCCUCUAUUCUUCGAGCAUUGGACGUCAAAAUAGUCGAUUUCAUGUCUCUGGAUAUUGAGUUUUUCGAAGUUAAGGUGCUGAAGACAGUUCCAUGGGAUAAGAUAAAGUUUAGGCUCAUGUGCAUCGAGGUAGCCCACAUCCCAGAAGGCAAAGAGUUCCUACAGGAAAAGGGAUACAAAUUCUUAGGAUAUGGUUACUUAGACAUUGAUGCUUGGUAUGCGUUACCGGAGCUUCUGAGCACAAAUGUAAAUCCUUUGUAA